CGCUGUGAUAUGUAUGUACUCGAUUAGCACCGAUAAUAAUAAUUCGUCCAAUUUUCAAACAUCGUCCGGCAUUUUCGUGAAUCCACGUCGCCGUUCACUUCCAUAUACCCAUUACUACAAAAUCUCCGAUAUCAGAUUAUUGUCAAUCGGAAAAGGCGACCGUAGGCAUUAAAGUUUGAAAUUUACUACCCCCGGCGCGAUUAGUAGCAAAAAAUGGCGCCUCCAGAGUCUGCCAAUCUGCUGGUGGCCCUGCCUCCCUUCAAACCCGACCUAUACCAGCGCGCCUGGCAAUCGAUACCGCAUCCAACCCUCCCCCUCCUAGCCACCGCGCACCAGAAGUCCGUUACCGUCUUCUCACUCUCAACCCUCUCCGCCCACAGCGCCCUAACCAACGGCCAUGACCGCUCCGUUCGCUCCACAUCCUGGAAGCCGAACCUGCCGCCUCACAAACUGUGCUUGGUAACAGGGAGCUUCGAUUCCACAGCGGGACUGUGGCGCUGGAACGACGAGGCGAAGGGCGACUUGGAAGUCAACGUUACAGAGGAGGAUAGUGAUGAUGAUAAGAAGGAGAAAGAAUGGGAUUUGAUUGUUAUCCUAGACGGCCAGGACUCAGAAGUCAAAUCUGUCUCGUUUUCGCCCACGGGACAGUUCCUCGCGACAUGUAGCCGGGACAAAUCCGUCUGGAUAUGGGAGGACGUAGGCACGAACGAGGAAGACGACGAGUGGGAAACAGUCGCCGUUCUCAGCGAGCACGAAGGCGAUGUCAAAGCCGUAGCGUGGUGCCCGGAAACCAAUAGAAGUGGACGCGGGCGGUAUAGCAGCGAUGUCUUAGCCAGCGCGAGUUACGAUAACACGGUGCGGAUAUGGCGGGAGGAGUCCGAGCAGGAGUGGGUGUGUGUUGCGGUGCUUGAGGGCCACGAGGGAACUGUCUGGGGUGUGCAGUGGGAACCGAAGCCGAAGGGGGAGAAGUUCCCGCGGAUUAUGACGUGGAGCGCUGAUCGCACGGUGAGGAUAUGGACGCUCAAGGAAGAAGAGGACGAGGAGGAGACGCCGCAGCAUGCGUGGGGGAGUCUGGGAGGGAUACCGAAUACUAUGCGAAGAGCGCUGAAGGAGGAGUGGGAGUGUACUGCUGUGCUCCCUACGGCGCAUACGCGAGAUAUAUACUCAGCGUCAUGGAGCCCUGAGUCUGGUAUGGUUGCGAGCACAGGUAGCGAUGGGAUUAUUGCCGUUUACGGCGAAGACGAGGAGGGAGCCACGAAUGAAUUCCACGCUGCGGAUGAUGAGGCAGCUGCUGAGUUAGAUGGAGAUGUCCAGAUGACGAACGGCCAUACGGAAAACAACAAGCCCCAGGAAUCCCGAAGAUGGAAGCUAAUAUCGACGACCCCUAACGCCCACGGCGCAUACGAGGUCAACCACAUCACCUGGUGCAAGCGCUACGAUCAAGGAUGCGCACCCGAGAAAAGAGGAAUCGAAGAGAUGUUAGUUUCGACCGGAGACGACGGCAUCGUUCGACCGUGGCAGAUAUUACAAUAAUUAACCCAGAGGGUCUUGUUAUAAUACAUCACUCAAACUGUAUAUAACGUCCAGGGAAUCUCGGCCCUGAAAACCGAGCUUCUCGCUAUAUAGGACGAGCGGCCGUAUCGCUGGCCGUUGCUCGAUUUACUUAGGUUAGGGUACAUAGACAGGGAAGCCCAAUGCGACGAGCAAUCUGCCAGAAAUCGAAACGCGAUAAUGAUUAGCCAUUAUUC